CACUGUAAACAGCUGCGCGCAUGCGCGUUCAGUCUCGGGCAGCAAGAGAGACUGAGAGAGAGAGACCGAGAAGAACAGAAGAGCAAACCUAUUAAUUCAAGAAUUUUUUAGGGGAAAAAAGUUGAAAGAAUUUGGAGUGUACGGCAUCAUCAGCGUCUCGUCUCAUCUCGCCUGUCAGCUCCCCGAGACUCUAAACUCAUCAACUAUAAGCUAACACUACACACAGAUCACCUCCGUGUCCCGUUUGAUGUGAUACGCUUCGCCAUGGCCUCCAUCUCCAAAACCUCCGAGCUGGACAUCCCGGAUAACUACCAGGAGAGCUGGCAGGCUCUUCUCGCUGCGGCCGAGGUGUACAGCCAGAAAUCAGGCUGCGACCUGGCCAUCCUGACCGCCUGCAAGAAGUUCCUCCCAUCCGGCACCGAGGGAGACGCUGCAAAAAAGAGAGAAGGGGGCGGAGCCAUGCCGGCGGGAGGCAGGAAGUGGGAUUACGGAUAUCACGUGUGGGGUCAGGGGGCGCUUGCCGAGGCGUCACGGCGAUACCUGGACGACAUUGGCGUGCUCCAUUCUACCACUGUGCUGACGGCGCAGAGACACGCCCGCCUCGCCACAGGGGAAGGCGGGGCCAAACUGGGUGUGGACAUUCCCUCCGAGAGGCCGACGUCCGUGGGUGAGGGAGGUUCGGGCUCGGUCAGUCCCGGACUGAGGCUGUACUCUCAGAGCUACCCGUCCAUCUACAGUCCAACGGCGGUCAGCGUCCUCCCCUCGGUCCAACAGGGGAAUGGAGGGAGAGAGAGAGACAGAGCGGCUCUGGAGGAGGUGGAGAGAGCGAGGGAGAGGGCCGGAAUCGUGGAUCUGGAGGAGGAAGAGGAGGAUGGAGAGGAGGAUGAUAUGGGUGGACGCAGACGCAAUCUCAACGAGUCGACAGGUGUGUUCUCCAUGGAUGAGGAUUCUCUGUCUCACGACUGUGAGCCAUUUUUCGAGUCGGAUGGUGAAGAGGAAAGCACAGACGGUUCUCUGAGUGAGGAAGCUCCUCCUCCUCCUCGAGGCCUGGCUAUGGGUCACUCAGCUCUCUCUCGCCCGUCUAACCCCACGGCUCUGGCACGCUCUCUGCCUGUCUUGGUACCUGUGUGGGGCUACAGGAACAACCGGUCAGCGCAGGGUGACUCCCACAGUGGAGAACGAGUUGGUUGCGCAGAUCUGGAUUACAUUGCCGCCAGCAUGAAGGCUCUUUUAGCUCCGGCAGCCACCGAUGGAACAGAGAUGUUCGGAGCGCUGCCUCGACCUCGCCUCAACACGGGCGACUUCUCCCUCAAGCACUGAUGAUGGACGUGUGUGUGUGAGAGAGAGAGAGACAUGAUUUGAGAGACAUGACGUGAAAGGAGUGUGUGUGGAACUGAACUGGGAUGUAAAUACGACCCCAACCUGUUAUUUUUUUUAGAACUCUAAGACAGAUUUCAACAUUUAACUCUCUCUCUCUUUCUUUUUUUUUUUUUAAAAAAAAAUCAAGGCAUAAAAGAAAGAGUUUAAAGAUGUUACAGAUCUCUCUUUAGAGCUGUUCUAGGAUCAGCGUUUGCCUAGGAUCAGCGUACCUGAAUGUAGGCGUUUCCCGGAUCGGGGGGUGAGGGGGCAUUCUUGUUCACAAGGGCGUUUUCCGGAUCUGAUCUCUGGUGUGCGUUUCAGUCACGUUGAACUGUGAAGUAGAGCUCAGCGAUACCAUCACGCGAUACCGAUACCGUGAUACGUCAUUACCAUUACAAGUGUUCAUAUCACGUGUUGGUGGUUUAUUAUCUCCAACGAUUAGAUUUGUUUAUAUUUUCCUUUUUAAAGUUAUUUUUCUCUCAACAUCGUGCUCAUAUCUGUCUCGUCAAAUCGUCUUCAAGCAUGGCAGUGAGAGAUCACCCCACUCCUUAUUCUGAACGAUCAGGGGGCGGAGCUUUAACCUCAGUCUCUGCCUGCAACCAUUUUUUUUUUCUUACCUAAAAUGUCCUUGUGAACUCGGGAAUAGAGAAGGCAGAUCGGAUUUUUCCUCAAUUAAUAAUAUUUUACUGACGUGAACGCGAGAAGAAAUCCGUUUAAACACGUCUGCAUCGAGAUCUGAUUCGGAAAUCCUUAGCGUGAGCGUCCGCUGUAGACGACGACUUCCGCUUGUGCUUGACCGCUUCCUGUUCUCUAAUCUAGCAAAAAAAGAUCAUUAGUGUAACGUUAGCUGGAUGUUUGCUCGCUUCCCGGUUAGCCGUUCUGUCACUAAAACUCUGCUAGAUCUCAGAUCUUAUCCUCCAGCGCCUCGCUUUCGGUCACGUGACAUUUCAAGCCGUGAAACACUAAGAAUCGGCGCGUGGCGCAUUGGUGGUUGUAGUUGAUGGCGUAUGAAGCUAGUUUACACACUGACGCUGAUGUGGAGGGAGGGCUCGUGGAGGUUAAUAAACACUAUGUUCUUUAGAAAGCCACACUACACUAUCGUUCUUUGAGGUGAUUUUAUUUUUUUUUUUGGCGCUAACACGAUAAGCGCCUGGGUAACGACAUGAUGAUGAUGAUGAUGAUGAUGCACAUUUCGCACCAUGUGUUCAGUGUUUAAACAAUUUUUUCAAUAAAACUGAUUGUUUGUU